UUUUAACUUGGUGUAUGUAGUCGGUGCAAGCUGCUCGCUGAGCUCGUAUUUUUCCAAACAUAAAGUUGCCGAAAUGAAAUUUUUCAUUCUAUAUUUAUUGAUUGGUAUUAUUAGUGUUUCGUCUCAUAGUGCUGAGGAUGAAUCUAAACCUAAGGGAGAGGUUAAAAAACUUCCGACAGAAGUGGAAGAAUGUGCUCAGCAAGAAGGACUUAAAAAUAUACAUGAUGUUGAGGAGACUAUAAAAAAUAAAGAUUACAACAAUUUAACUCGAGAAAUGCGUUGCUUUACGGCAUGUGUUUUCAAAAAGCAAGGGCUGAUAGGACCUGAUGGAACCGCACACAAAAAUUUCCAGCGACCGGAAAUAGCAAGGCAUUGUAAAGACUUAAGUGGAAAGGACGAAUGUGAAAUCGCUUAUAAAAUUGUUGUGUGCAUGAACCGACCAGAAUUUUUUGACGAUUGAAGAAAUUAAUAGAAAAUAAGUAUGGCUACCAGUAUGUCUUGAUUACAAUUUAUGAAGAACAAUCUUGAAUACAAUAAUUAUAAAGAUUAUGGAUCUUGAAGCUUUCGUUCUGUACUGAAUCAUAUUAGAAUAUUUAAUUUAUUGUAAUUAACCAUAGCGUAUCAAUUUCAUAACUUCACAAUUGACAGUUAUCAUUUAAAAUAUAAACUCAAUUGAAAUAAUAUAUUAUAAUAGCUUAAUUAAAUGCUUCUUUUCAAAAUGUUAA